UCCAACGAAGAAGCAGCUUUCCCGUGCUCACAUGUGUUUUUUAACAGAGACAACAUAUUGCUAGUUAAAUGCAACAACUAAUAAGAGCUGACGACGUGUUGUCUUGCAAACUCAACCAUUUGAAACUUGUACAUGUUGGCACCACACUGACAUUGUUUUGCAAUGUUUUAUUUCAUCGGGCUUGGAUUGGGAGAUGCUAAAGACAUCACCGUGAAGGGACUAGAAAUUAUUCAGAAAUGCAAUCGUGUCUACUUGGAAGCCUACACGUCCAUAUUAACGGUUGGGAAGGAUAAAUUGGAGGAGUACUAUGGACGGGAGCUCAUACUUGCAGACAGGGAUAUGGUGGAACAGGAAGCGGAUGAUAUUCUGAAAGGGGCUAAUGUCAAUGAUGUUGCAUUUCUAGUAGUUGGAGACCCCUUUGGAGCCACCACUCACAGUGACUUGGUCUUGAGAGCUGUGAAUGCUGGGAUACCAUACCGGGUCAUCCACAAUGCCUCCAUCUUGAAUGCAGUUGGUUGCUGUGGGCUCCAGUUGUACAAUUUUGGAGAAACUGUGUCAAUUGUAUUCUGGACCGACACCUGGAGACCAGAGAGCUUCUAUGAUAAAAUCAAGAAGAAUCGAAACAUGGGAAUGCACACACUUUGCCUGCUUGCCUUACUAACCAUGACAUUCGGAUCUCUCUUCCUAUUUAGGGGCCGUAAGAUUUAUGAACCUCCAAGGUAUAUGACUGUGUGCCAGGCGGCUGAGCAACUCCUGGAAAUAGUACAAAACAGGAGAGAGAGGGGUGAGGAACUAGCCAUCACAGAGGAAACCAUAUGUGUAGGCCUUGCCAGGGUGGGAGCAGAGGACCAAGCCAUUUACACAGGGACUCUACGUCAGCUAGUGUCAUGUGAUCUUGGUGCACCUCUACACUCGAUGAUUGUGGCGGGGCACUUGCAUCCAUUGGAGGUGGAAAUGCUGCGUCUCUCAGCUGCUCCUGAGGCCCUGCAAGACCUCCAGAUGACCGACAGUUCCACAUAUAUCUCCUAACAAACAACAACCCAACUGACUGUCAUGUUCUGCCAAUGCUCCACUUAGCAAGGCAAACAUGUAGUGUUUAGAAUAAGGCUUGGUAUCAAAUAAGCUUUUUCCCAUCUGUAAUUCAAGUGCCUGCAGACCCUAACUUUUCAACUGGUCUACAUGCUCAAGAAGUCAAAUCUUUUUAAGACUGGCUUUAUCUGUGUUUUGUGUUAAUAAACUGGCGUAAAUCAUGUAAGUUGUGUUGGAAAAAUAUUUUUUUUGACUGGUAAAUAUAUUUCUGUUGACUGCAUAGGUAACAUGGGUUUCAUGAUGUCUUUUUAACAUGUGCUUGGGUUAAUCUGGGUACAGAUCUGUUCUGUUGAUGAAUAGUAAAUAAUUUAAUGGAUGUGCAAAAUAACUUGUUAUUUAACCAACACAGGAUAAACUAUUUUUUGUGCGUUGGUGGGAACUGAUUUGCCCAGUAAAAUACGUUUUUUUAAUUCCUAAGAUAAACAAUAAGACAAAUACAUCAAAGGAAUCAGUUUACAAAAUGUGCCUACUGUAUUAUACUGCACUACACUUCACAAGUCCUGGAUGGCAUGUCAAGUAGGUUUUUGGAAGAGCGGAAUAAUGCAUAUCAUUCAUUUGGAAAGGAUGUGGCAAUUAAGUGCAAUGCAGGUGAACUGUUUAUUACAUUUCAAAAAGAUGAAAUUGGUCAGCAACCUACAUGAAGACCUAUGAGGUAAAUAAAACCAUGGGUUUAAACCUAGAAAAUAUUCAUGUCUGUUUUCACAUUUAUGCAAGUGAUAAACUUCAAACUCAAAUGUAUAUAAAACUAAGGGGGAUGGCAAUUAUGGUAGUGGUGACAUUUAACAU